AUGUCCAGCAACACGGAUAACCCAAAGCAGGGUCUUAUCACCCUCGUCGAGGCCCAGAAGACCAAGGCCCCGGCUGGAAAAAAGGCUCUGUGGACCAAGCUUGUGGAUCACAUCAAAGAUCCCAAAUAUGACCUCCCUCCGGGACAAACGAUGUGGACCUUCGGCCAGGACGUUGUGGUUGGCACUUCGACUGAGUUCAUAAAUGCUUACCGACUUCACAACAAGGGCAAACAGCCAAAGGAUUUUGAACAUCCCGCUGUCUUCAGCCAUUCCACCCAGGUUCCCCAGAGCGCUGGCAACGGCCCUAUAGUCCACCCGACCCGGAAGUUGUCUAAUGGUGACAAGUCUGUCCCGGCGGCCGGAGAGACCGGCCAGCUUGCUCAGUGGUCCUCGUAUAACCCUCAAGGAGCUCACCACUACAUCGACGUCUGGAUGCGAAUUGACCCUACUUUGGGUGGUGAUCCGAACAUUGUGUUUCACUAUCAACCCUUAAACGACACCGGAUCCAACGUCCAGACCGUCUACCAAGCCGAUUUCAAUACUCUGGACGCACCACUUCUGGCCGCAAACGGCGUUGGGCACUUGACGUUCCCCGGCGCUAUCACGACGGCCAACGGCCAACUAGCCGUGACUAACACCACCCUCCAGCUCUCCGUCGUCGCCCACACAGGAAUAGCUGCAAACCCCUGGAAGGUCUUGAUGGACUGGCAGGACCAGCUCUGCGUCAUCAUGGCCGCUGGCCCCUGCCUGUCCGGCGACAUAAUGCGAAACCACCUCUUCUUCUGCACCAGCCCCAACGGCGCCCGUGCACUCUACAUUGCCGAUAACAAGACCACCCUCCUGAAGAACAUGCCCGCCCAAUAA